AUGGCCCCUACAUCGUGGAUCAUGAUUCAUCUGAGGGAGUUGUUGAGGUUUCCGGCGAGUAGGUUCAGUGUAGGGCUGGUGGCAGAAGACAUUUACGAAUGGCAAGCAACGCUGAUAGGCCCCCUUGGAAGUCCAUACGAAGGGGGCAUCUUCUUCCCCUCCAUUCAUUUCCCACCGGAGUACCCCUUCAAGCCACCAAGGGUGUCGUGGAAGACGUCGAUUCUGCACCCCAACAUCGACAAACCCCACAUUUUCUAUCCGCUACUCGUCACCGCUACCUGCAGGACCGGGACGACGGUGAAAGAAUUCCUCCAAGCGUUCCAUGACAUGCUGCUCCACCCUAUGGUGGAGGAAGACGACCACUUCCUCGAAGACGUCGCCCGCAUGUGCGUCUUAGAGCCGGAGAGGUACGAGAAGGAGGCCCGCUUGAUGACCGAGGCACACGCCAUAAAUUAA